UACUAAUUCAUUCCCCACUUCCUCUCAAGUUCAGAAGCCACCUGCCAGGCACUGGAGCCAAAAUGAAGACUCCAGCCCCUGUCCACGCCUGGGACAUCGUGCUGGUCCUGCUCUCGCUACUACUGGCCAUCCUCCAGACUACCACAGCCCAAAAGAAUGGCAUCAACAUCUACAGCCUCACUGUGGACUCCAAGGUCUCAUCCCGAUUUGCCCACACAGUUGUCACCAGCCGGGUGGUCAACAGGGCCGAUACUGUGCAGGAGGCCACCUUCCAGAUGGAGCUGCCCAAGAAAGCCUUCAUCACCAACUUCUCCAUGAUCAUCGAUGGUGUGACCUACCCAGGGAACAUCAAGGAGAAGUCUGUAGCCCAGAAGAAGUACAGCGCUGCCGUGUCCAGAGGAGAGAGCGCCGGCCUCGUCCAGGCCACUGGAAGAAAGACAGAGAAGUUCCAGGUGUCGGUCAGUGUUGCUCCCGCUGCCAAGGUCACUUUCGAGCUGGUGUACGAGGAGCUGCUGUCACGGCGUCUGGGGGCAUACGAGCUGCUGCUGCAAAUUCAUCCUCAGCAGCUGGUCAAGCAUCUGCAGAUGGACGUUCAUAUCUUCGAGCCUCAAGGCAUCAGCUUUCUGGAGACAGAGAGCACCUUCAUGACCAAUGAACUGGCAAAGGCCCUCACCACCUUCCAGAACCAGACCAAGGCUCACAUCCAAUUCAAGCCGACGCUCUCUCAGCAGCAAAUAUCUCCAGAGCAACAGGACACAGUCCUGAAUGGCAACUUCAUCAUCCGCUAUGAUGUCAAUCGGACCUCCUCUGGGGGUUCCAUUCAGAUCGAGAAUGGCUACUUUGUGCACUACUUUGCCCCUGAGGGCCUGUCCACGCUAUCUAAGAACGUGAUCUUUGUCAUUGACAAGAGUGGCUCCAUGAGCGGCAGGAAAAUACAGCAGACUCAGGAAGCCCUACUUAAGAUCCUGGAUGACCUCCGCCCCUACGACCAGUUCAACCUCAUCAGCUUCAGUGGGGAAGCAACCCAGUGGAAGCCACAGCUGGUGCCAGCCUCAGCUGAGAACGUGAAAGAGGCCAAGAGCUACGUUGCUGGCAUCCAGGCCCAGGGAGGGACCAAUAUAAACGAUGCGAUGCUGAUGGCCGUGCAGCUGCUGGAAAGAGCCAACCGAGAGGAGCUGCUGCCUGCAAGGAGCGUCACCCUCAUCGUCCUUCUCACUGAUGGUGACCCCACUGUGGGGGAGACCAACCCCUCGAGGAUCCAGAAGAAUGUGCAGGAAGCCAUCGAUGGUCAGUACAGCCUCUUCUGCCUGGGCUUUGGCUUCGACGUCAGCUACGCCUUCCUGGAGAAGCUGGCACUGGACAAUGGCGGCCUGGCCCGGCGCAUCUAUGAAGACUCCGACUCCGCCCUGCAGCUCCAGGACUUCUACCAGGAGGUGGCCAACCCACUGCUGACGUCGGUGGCCUUCGAGUAUCCAAGCAACGCUGUGGAGGCUGUCACGCAGGACCACUUCCGGUUGUUCUUCAAAGGCUCCGAGUUGGUGGUAGCUGGGAAGCUCCGGGACCAGAGCCCUGAUAUACUCUCCGCCAGAGUCAGGGGGCAGCUGAACCUGGAGGACAUCACGUUCGUAACAGAGUCCAGUGUGGCAGAGCAGGAGGAGGCGUUCCGGAGCCCCAAGUACAUCUUCCACAGCUUCAUGGAGAGACUCUGGGCGUACCUGACCAUCCAGCAACUGCUUGAGCAAAUGGUCUCGACGAAGUCAGAUGCUGAGAAGCAGGCCCUUGAGGCCCGAGCUCUGAGCUUGUCACUCAACUAUAGCUUUGUCACCCCCCUCACAUCCAUGGUGAUCACCAAACCCGAAGGCCAAGAACAGUCUGAAGUUGCUGAGAAGCCUGUGGAAAAUGAAAGCAGACACAGGAACGUCUACUCAGGUCCUGCUCUCUUUGGAACUCAUUCCAUGAGAGACAGAAUGUCCAGAAUAACAGUUGUGUCCGAUUUAGGAGACAGUGGUGCAGACCCUGUCCUUUCUAAAAGAAGAGGCUGGAGAGGACAAGCCGGAGUUUUUGGGCAGGGACCCGGCUUCCCAAUGAGAUUCGGACAACUUGGACCUUCUGGACCUAUUCAUCCUCCUUAUCUUCCUGAUCCAUCCCACCACACGACCUGGGGAGCAGUGCUACCAGACAUUGCAUUAGCUUCAGUGUCAUCAGCUAUCUCAGUUCCUGACCAAGCAUCUCGUGACCUGGAUAUAAGAAUCAAAGAAACAACCACGACAGCCCCACCCCCAGCCCCCAUCCAGGCUCCUUCCGUCAUCCUGCCACUGCCUGGCCAGAGCGAGAACCAGCUCUGUGUGGACCUCAAGCACUCUCAGGGUCUUCUGAACCUGCUCUCAGACCCUGGCCAAGGCGUUGAGGUGACUGGCCACUAUGAGAUGGGGAAGGCCAAGUUCAUGUGGAUUGACGUGACCUUCAAGAACCCCCAGCUGCAGGUUCGUGCGUCCCCUGAGCACGUGGUAGUAACUCGGAACCGGAGAAACUCUGCGUACAAGUGGAAGGAAACUCUGUACUCGGUCGUGUCCGGCCUCAAGAUGACCAUGGACAAGGCAGGGCUUCUGCUGCUCAGCAGCCCAGACAGAGUGACCAUUGGCCUGCUGUCCUGGGAUGGCCCUGGGGAGGGGCUCCGGCUCCUUCUACGGGAUGUUGACCGCUUCUCCAGCCAUGUCAAUGGAACCCUUGGCCAGUUUUACCAGGACGUGCUCUGGGGGCCCCCAGCAGCAGCAGAUGACAGCAAGCGAACCCUGAGGGUUCAGGGGCGUGACCACUCUGCUACCAGAGAGCUCAAGCUGGAUUACCAAGAGGCACCCCCGGGAAAAGAGAUUUUCUGCUGGUCUGUGGAGCUGUAGUCCUGAUGGGAGGAGUAAUGCCCAUCCCUCAUGCCACCCCCCUCUAUGCAGAUGGCUGCCACCCUGCAACUACAAGGCCACCUUUGGGGCCUGAAACAUCAUGGGGAGAGGUACUUGCACUCAUUAAAAUAAAGAGAGGUGGUAUGAGCCCAGGGAGUGGGCGUCUCUGGUUCCAUCUGGCCAAAUUCCAGGGCCUCGGAAUUGUACCUUGGACACAGAGUGUCGUGUAACAUUAGAGUCUUCUGCCAUCAGCCCUUCCAAGGCCUGUGGCCAGUAAGGCCCACAGAGAGCUUUUAGUCUAGUCCCUUCAUUGUACAAGCAGGAAAACUGAGAUCUAGAGAUAUUAAACUACCCAGUUAAAAUGUUGCUCUAAUCGGGGCCCAGGACGGGAGAACAUUCUCUGGGAGCAGGGUUCACUCUGCUAUGUGGUUACAUGGUCUGUGAACACCAGUUUUGACUCAAAAAAAGAGAGUGACCUGAGUAGAAGUUCAUUAUAGGCCAACUCCCCAACCUUCUCAGCAAACUUUGGGGCCCUUUGCAAGACACAGUCUGAUUUUCACACCUGUGCUCAGAAACAGGCCUGUCUCACCACCACUUUGCAAAGAAGUUGGCUCUGGAAGACAAAGGAGACAGAGGGGAGGCCCCCGUCCCAGGAGGGAAGCCAGGGUCUCUUUCCAGGAGCCUGGGCUGUUUGAGGGUCUCCUCUCCUGUCCACACCCCAGGGUUAGGCACCCCAAAGAUUCCACCCAAUUCCUGCAAAGGCAAAGCACGCUUUAAAACCAUUUAUAAUUAUUCCCCCUACUUCUUCAAAUGACACAAGUCUUUGGCUUACAAAUAAAAAGCACGAGGAGAAUAAAACCAAAGACGAUGAGGAUGAAAAUAAGAGAAAAGAGCCAAGCUGGGGGAGAGUUAAAUCAGAGACACCAGGGUAGGGGAAGCUGCAACAGCAAAAAGCUUUGCUCUGAGCUUCCUGGCGGCCAGGGUAAAGCAGAAAACAAGCUCAUUUGCUUGCUAAGAGGGAGCGAACCAGAUCA